AUGAAUUAUUUCGUUAUAAUUUUGAUUGUGUCACUUGGUUUAGCUUUAGCAACAGCUGUGCCAAUUAAUAUCGAAACACAACUUGUCGACUUAGUAAAGGAUAAAAUGCAAAAGGACGUUUGGAAUCAUUUGCCACCUAUACAAGAGGCCUUAGAUCAUUCAGCGCAUGUGGCCAAAACUGUAAUCAUGGAUCAGACGAUUGUUGGUAAAGGUAUACAAGCGAUUGAUUACCUAUUCGGGAAAAAAUGGUCAUGA